AUGGCGCGUAACCAAGCUUUCGCGCCGAGUCGCGAACCCUUCCAGCAGGAAACGACGGCUGACUUACAACUACAACAUUCAAAGAUACAAGGCCCAUUUUCCUUCCUCAACCCGACACGCGCGUUAUACAGGUUGUCUGGCGCGCAGCAAUCAGCUGCUAGCAAUGGUAAAGCUGAAGUCGGGAAGCAGGGCGGCUCCGAGCAUCAUGGCGUCCACUUCCUCUGGCGCUCCCGAGACAAUAGGAAAGGGCGACAUCCACUGGUCCUUACUCAAUCCGCCAGCAGUACGGGACUGACUUUGCCGCGACGGACCAAUCAUCCCUCUGAAGUCCUGAAAGUUGUUAAGCGAAUGUUCACGUACUACCCCGUCUGGGACAUCUCCUGGCUUGUCGCCUACAUCUUCACUUGGGGCUCGAUAGUCUGGUGCAUCAACGGCUUCUUCUCUUUCCUGCCGCUCAUCCGUCCCUCGUCUGAAUUCGGCGGCGAAGUACUCUAUGGCGGUGGGAUCACGGCAUUCAUCGGCGCAGUCCUGUUCUUCGAGAUUGGCAGUAUCCUUCUUAUGUUCGAAGCUGUCAAUGAGAACAGCGCUGGGUGUUUUGGGUGGGCCGUGGAGGAUCUAGCCGGUGAUCACGCGGCUGACACCAAAGGAAGUGCUUCCCAACUAGUCCCAUCCACGAAGCAUUGCACGCAUCACCAUCCGAAUCGCGCCAACCUGGUCGGGCAAAGCUCUAAGCACGCCGAUAUGAGAGAAGGCAAGACAUGGCAAUGGUGGCCAACCGGAAGCGCCCUCAAGACUCACUACUUCCACGAGCUGGGCUUCCUCGCGAGCUUCUCCCAGUUCUGCGGCGCCACGAUCUUCAGCAUUGCCGGCGUUACAGCUUUACCAGGCAUUAUCGACCAUAUGUCGCAGGGCUUGACGGAUGGUAUAUACUGGGCGCCGCAGGUUGUUGGCGGGUCGGGCUUUAUUGUUUCUGGGACGCUGUAUAUGUUGGAGACGCAGAAGAAUUGGUAUACUCCGAGUUUUGGGGUGUUGGGCUGGCAUAUUGCGUUUUGGAACUUGAUUGGUGGGGUUGGGUUUACGUUGUGUGGUGCGCUGGGGUUCGCGGCGGGAAGUACGGGGGCACAGUACCAGGCUAGUUGCUCGACUUUCUGGGGCAGUUUCGCUUUCCUGAUUGGGAGCGUUUUGCAGCUGUAUGAGAGCUUGCAAAAGAACCCUGUCGAGGUGUCGAAAGACGGCCCAUAG